UGUAACGCAAUCCUACGCCUCCCACAUCCAACUUCCUCGAGGGCAGUCGUGAAAUGAAUUUGUGGGUGUUUGACCUCGUGCAGACCAAGGGUUCCAGUGUUUGCGUCGAGCGUCCAUUUUUGGGAUAGGGGUUGAAAAACCCCUCAAGACAUUCUAUUCUACUUCUGUUCUUCGUUGUGAUCCGGUGUGAAUCUACAGCACUCAUUCUAAACCAACGUCGUUAGAUUAAAUUUCCGGUGCAUACACAUUUCAGUAAGCUUCCUCAGCUCGAAAGAUAGAAGCCAUCAUGCGACAUGAUAAUUCACAGGUCCACGCAUAACCAUUCUGUAUCACAUCGAGAAUGGGAAUCUGGUUCAACCGACUUUGGCCAGAGGUGCUCAAUCCAUCGCUUGUUGAAAUAGAAGCGGUGGUUGAGCAGGCUCGCAGGGAUGUCGAAAUUGCCCAGGCUGAGUUGAUAAAGUUCAUGCAAGAGAAUCAAGAAUCGCAGAAAAAUGCUAUGGAAGUUCAGCAAGCUGCACAGGCGCAAGAACAUAAGGAAAUGAUGGCGAAGUUCCAGGCUGAACGGGCUGCUAGCGAAGCCGCGCAGGCGCAGGUUCAUAAGGAGAUGAUGGCGAUGGUCCAAGCCGAACGCGUUGCCAACGAGGCCCGCUUGAUGGCGGAAACCGCUGCCCAUGCCGCCAAUGAAGAAGCGAAGCAGAGAGCAGCAGAGGCAGGGGAGGAGCGGAAGCGAAUCGCCGCCAUCCAGGAACAUAUCCAGAAAGACGCUCGGGCUUCCCACGAACAUACCAAGAAACUGGAAGAGGCCGCCAAUGCGGCCAAGAAAGCGGCAGUAGAGGAACUUGAGAAGGCGAACGCUGCCAGAGAAGAGGCUGAACGCAAGCUGGCUGAAGGCAUUCAGCCUGUGGUGACCCCCACACCUGAUGAAGUUCGCACCGUCAAGCAAAUUGCUCAAUAUCGUGAAGACCUGUUUCAUAUCGCAGUAGCCGGGGCAGCAGCAGGAGGCAAAUCCUCCCUCAUCAAUGCCUUCCGUGGCUUGCGCAAUAUGGAUAUCAAUAUCGGAGCUGCUGCCACUGGCGUGGUCGAGACAACGACGGUCAUGGCCCGAUGCCCCGACCCCAACACGGAGUAUCCGUAUGUCUGGUACGAUGUUCCGGGCGCAGGCACGAUGACAACUCCAGACUGGCAGUACUUCAAUGACCAGGGACUUUACAUUUAUGAUUGCAUCAUCGUCCUGUUCGACAGUCGAUUCACCAUGACCGACAUCGCCAUCCUCAUCCACUUCAGGCGAUUCAAGAUCCCCACGUAUAUCGUGCGCUCUAAGGCGGAUCAACAUAUCAGAAACCUCAUGAAGGAUAAGGGGUAUGACAGCGACCAUGACGAGGAUAGGAAGCUGCACUAUCACAAUGCACGGCAGCAGUUCAUUCAGGAAACACGCCAGAGUGUGAAAGACAACCUGGAGAAUGCAAACAUACCCGAUGCUCGGUGUCGUGAAGGAAAACCAGGCGAAGAAGGUCAUUGA